ACGCAUGCUUUCUUCUUCUAAUAGCACAAAGAAUGUCGGGCGACAACGACACACAGCUGAUUCAGGCCAAGAUGGCGACUCUGGGCCUGGACCAGACUCCAGAGGAGUUUGUUGCCGGCCUGGCUCCGCCCGUGAGGCGUCGCGUGGAGGCCCUGCAGGAGCUGCAGGCGAAGCAUGACGAGCUGGAGGCACAGUUCCGCAAGGAGCGCGCCGAGCUGGAGGCCAAGUAUGAGAAGCUUUACGCUCCUCUGUACGUGGAGCGCUCUGAGAUUGUGGUGGGCUCCAAGGAGGUGCCGCCCAAGGAGGGCGAGCCCACCGGCGACGACGCCAUCAAGGGCAUCCCUGAGUUCUGGCUGGCUGUGUUGCUCAAGUGCGAAGUGACCAUGGACAUGAUCAAGGACAAGGACAUGGACGUGCUCAAGUACCUGCGCGACAUCCAGGCCGAGGGCCUUGUGGUGGACGGCGUGUCUCACGGCUUCAAGCUGCGCUUCCUGUUCGACUCCAACCCCUACUUCACCAACGAGGUGCUUGAGAAGACCUACCACAUGCUGCCCGAGGACGACGGCGUGCUGGAGCGGGCGGAGGGCACCAAGAUUGAGUGGAACGCGGGCAAGGACGUGACCGUUAAGAUCAUGAAGAAGAAGCCCAAGAAGGGCGGCAAGGGCGACUCCAAGCCCCAGGUCAAGACGGAGCGCGUGGACUCGUUCUUCAACUUCUUUGACCCGCCUCAGGUGCCGGACGGCGAGGAGGAGAUCGACGAGGACACCAUGGAGGAGCUGCAGGCCAUCAUCGAGGCUGACUACGAGGUGGGCGCCACCAUCCGGGAGAAGCUCAUCCCGGAGGCGGUGUCCUGGUACACGGGCGAGGCCAUGGACGAGGACGGGCUGUACAUGCCCGGCGACGACGACGAGGACGACGAGGACUUCGAGGGCGAGGAGGGCGAGGAGGACGAGGAUGAGGACGAGGAGGGCGCGGGCGCGGGCGAGGGGCAAGCGGCGGGUGGGCAAGCGCAGCCGCCUGAGUGCAAGCAGCAGUAAGCGCUGCACAGACUGUGUGCAGUGGGGCGGGUCGGUUUCGUUGUGGUGUGGGGGAAGUUCAUCAUGAGCAAGGAUUAGGGUGCUGGGUACUGAGAAUGCACCACGACUGAAUGCGUCAAAUGCCAGUGUGUGCGGCUGCGGUGCAAUUGAACAGCGCAGUCGGAUGGAGGAAAGGUAUAGACGUGGCGUAGGUACAGGUGCAAGAAAGCAGGCAGCGGUAGCAUGCCUCGGCGUGUAAGGGAAGCUGAGUUCGUGUGCAUCCUUGCGCGCUGGAGUUCUGACGCGGGCAAUGGUCAAGAGCUGUGAUAUGGACGCCGGACGACAAGCUUUGCUCUCCUCCCUGGAUGCCGGACUGGCCACCUGAAGACCAGCAGGGGCCCAAGGGUUAACACCGAGCAGUUGCGGCGAGGUGCGAUGACGUGGGGAGGUCCGCGGCUCCGCCAUCCCCAUUACACGAUCAGCCCAAGCUUGCUGGCGUUUUGCAAUGCCUGGCAGAAUUGGAAAGCUUAAGUAGACUACACCAGCAAAAGACUGCGUACCCAACUGAGUACCACGCAGCGGUGGUGGUGGAUGGCCUGGCCUGGCCCCAGCCACCAGCAGCAGCUAGCAGCAGCGGCACAGGGCCUGGCGGCGGCAGCGGCCCUGGGCCCAGCAGUUGCGGCGUGCAUGUGCGUAGCGCGCGGAUGAGGCGAGCAAGGCCACGUGGGGGAGGACAGCGCGGCGUCGCCCAAGAAGCGGCGCUGGCGCGCAGGUUGAGGCCGGCCGGUGCCUAGUUAGCGGUCUUUGCUGGCGAGCAUAGCGCCGCACAGUCUGUGGUAGGUCGCAACAGUGAGGAGUGUUGUAGCUAGGAACCCGCUGUUUGGUUGAAAGCGGGGCUGUGCUUGUGCUUGGCAGCGGGACGUGGCUGGACGCAUGGCGGGCCGUGCCUGUACGAACCAACCCCGACUAUGUCCGGGAGAUGAGGUAGACACUUGCGGCCUCAGACUAGAGACGUGGCGAUGGCGCAGCGGCUGGGUGACGGCUCAGUCGUGGGCUCAGUGGGUGACGGCUCAGUCGUGGGCUCAGUGGGACACACUCACUCACUCUACCCUCCCGACGGUGCAGGGAAGUGACGUCAACUACGCAAUCAACAUCCGGCACGCGCUGGUGGAGAUGCUGCUGGGGCACAAGCGACCUGCAUCGCUGCAGACUGGCGGCGGCGGCGGCAGCGAGCGGCGGCGGCGGCGGCGGCGGCGGCGGCGGCAGCAGGGGGGGCGCGUGCGCGCAUCUUGGCAGCGGAGGGGGCGGGAAAGGCCACGUGGAGGAAGAGAGCACAGCGGCGCCCAAGAAUCGGCGCAAGCGCGCAGGCUGAGGAGCCGGCUGGUGUCUAGGUAGCGGUCCGCGGUGGGGCUGGGGCAUGCGUAGCGGCAUGACAAGUAGUGCGGCUGUUGACAACUGUGCUGCGUCUGGCUGCGGUUGGCUCUGCUGUGGCAUCGCGAUUGCUAGGCACCUGGUUUGGCUAUGUGCCUGCGGAAACCGACCCCUGCUAUGUCCGAGCGAUGAGGUUGUUCGGCCGCAGACUGUGGAGGGGCUCAGCCCCUUUUCCCGGGGAACACCGACAAGUUUUUUC